CCCCAAUUCCGUACAAAGCCUUCUUCAUUCUUCAACAUGCAAAUCUUCGUCAAGACUCUCACUGGAAAGACCAUCACCCUCGAGGUCGAGUCUUCCGAUACCAUUGACAACGUCAAGGCCAAGAUCCAAGACAAGGAGGGAAUUCCCCCCGACCAGCAACGUCUCAUCUUCGCCGGCAAGCAGCUCGAAGAUGGCCGCACUCUGUCAGACUACAACAUCCAGAAGGAGUCGACUCUCCACCUCGUCCUUCGUCUCCGUGGCGGCAUGCAAAUCUUCGUCAAGACCUUGACUGGAAAGACCAUCACCCUCGAGGUCGAGUCCUCGGACACCAUCGACAAUGUCAAGGCUAAGAUCCAAGACAAGGAAGGUAUCCCUCCCGACCAACAGCGCCUCAUCUUCGCUGGCAAGCAGCUUGAAGAUGGCCGAACCCUCUCUGAUUACAACAUCCAGAAGGAAUCCACCCUCCACCUCGUUCUUCGUCUCCGAGGCGGUAUGCAAAUCUUCGUCAAGACCCUCACGGGAAAGACGAUCACUUUGGAGGUCGAGUCCUCGGACACCAUCGACAACGUCAAGGCGAAGAUUCAGGACAAGGAAGGCAUUCCCCCUGACCAGCAGCGACUCAUCUUUGCCGGCAAGCAGCUCGAAGACGGCCGCACCCUCUCCGACUAUAACAUCCAGAAGGAGUCCACCCUUCAUCUCGUCCUUCGCCUCCGUGGUGGAAUGCAGAUCUUCGUCAAGACCCUCACGGGAAAGACGAUCACUCUGGAGGUCGAGUCCUCUGAUACCAUCGACAAUGUGAAGGCCAAGAUCCAGGACAAGGAGGGCAUCCCUCCCGAUCAACAACGCCUCAUCUUCGCUGGCAAGCAACUCGAGGACGGUCGCACCCUUUCUGAUUACAACAUUCAGAAGGAGUCCACCCUCCACCUUGUCCUCCGUCUCCGUGGUGGCAACUGAGCCGUUUGGUCGACUCCAGUGAUCUCUCUUUUUGUAGAUGUUGUCCGCACCCGUAAUACGCACACAUUGUAGACCGAUGACUUCACGAAUACUCGAUAAUGCAUUUAUUGUACCAUCAUUGGCUCAUGG